AGGAAGCAGUCCUUUGAAGUGAUAUUUGAAUUUGCCUUCCAACUACUUGAAGGCUGGCAAUUGUACUGCUAUGGAGUUAAGAAUGGAGUACAAGUGUAAGUGUACAAGACGGGUGCUAUGCCACAUAGGCUGCUUUUUCAGUCCUACAUUCCACUGGGGUUUUAAAGUUUCUUUUCAACAGAAUUGAGAGCUUUACAGGCACAGAGGUUUCUAAGGACUGGGAGUUAAUGAAGUGUAUGACUAACAGUAAGACAACAUGAGUAGUACUUUGGGAAAGGACAAAGAAAGUAAAGAGAGAGACUCCAAAGUUCCCCCAGUGAAGGAGCGGGAGAGAGAAUUAAAACCUUCAGGUAGUUUUUUGAAGGAUAGUAAAGAAAAAGAAACGAAGGCCAAAGGGAAGGAUACCAAAGAAGGAAAAAAGGAGUCUGGUGGUAUGCAGCCCGUCGUAACUUUUACUGUUGACAAUACAAUAAAACGGCCUAAUCCAGCCCAAGGAACCCGCAAAAAAUCUAGUAAUGGUGAAGUGGUCAAAGAGCUAAACAAAUGUCGUGAAGAAAAUUCAACUCGUUUGGAUUUGUCUAAGAAGUCUAUUCAUGUACUUCCUCCUUCAGUCAAAGAGUCAGUACAGUUGACAGAACUUUAUUUAUAUAGCAACAAGUUACAAAGCCUUCCUUCUGAAAUAGGUUGCUUGGUAAACUUGAUGACAUUGGCACUGAGUGAGAACUCUCUUACAAGUUUACCAGACUCCCUUGAUAACUUAAAGAAACUGCGUAUGCUUGACUUGCGGCAUAAUAAACUUAGAGAGAUUCCUCCAGUGGUAUAUAGACUUCCAUCCCUUACCACUCUCUAUCUUCGCUUUAAUCGCAUUACUGUUGUGGAGCCUGAUAUAAAAAAUCUGUCUAAGCUCACUAUGCUGAGCAUUCGAGAAAACCGAAUAAAAGUGCUACCUGCUGAAAUAGGUGAAUUGUGUAACCUCAUUACACUUGAUGUCGCCCACAAUCAACUUGAGCACCUUCCUAAAGAGAUUGGAAACUGCACACAGAUAACUAACCUAGACUUGCAACACAAUGAACUUCUAGAUCUCCCAGAAUCUAUAGGUAACCUCUCCAGUUUAAGUCGUUUUGGUCUGAGGUACAACAGACUAUCUGCAGUUCCCAAAUCAUUAGCAAAGUGCACUGAACUGGAUGAAUUAAAUUUAGAGAACAACAAUAUUUCUGCAUUACCAGAGUGUGAAUUUGACAAGUUUAACAUUGGCAAGAAAUUGCUUCCAGUCCUAUCCAGUGGGUGGACCCUCACAGUUUUCAACUAUCUAUUCUCUUAACAUGGAACACAACCGCAUAAACAAAAUUCCAUUUGGUAUCUUCUCUAGGGCAAAGGUGUUAAGCAAGCUGAAUAUGAAGGACAAUCAGCUAACUUCACUUCCACUGGAUUUUGGAACCUGGACAAGCAUGGUAGAACUGAAUCUAGCCACAAAUCAGCUGACAAAGAUACCAGAAGACAUUUCUGGUCUUCUCUCCAUGGAGGUGUUGGUUUUGUCAAACAACCUUCUGAAGAAAUUGCCACAUGGUAUUGGAAACUUGAGAAAGUUACGAGAGCUUGACUUGGAAGAGAAUAAGCUGGAGUCUCUGCCAAAUGAAAUUGCUUACUUAAAGGAUCUUCAGAAACUGGUGCUGACAAACAAUCAACUGACCACCCUUCCCAGAGGCAUUGGUCAUCUAACCAACCUCACAUAUCUAGGACUAGGAGAGAAUCUUCUAACCCACCUCCCAGAGGAGAUUGGUACACUGGAAAAUCUCGAAGAUUUAUAUUUGAAUGACAACCCUAACCUGCACAGCCUUCCCUUUGAGCUGGCUCUCUGCAGCAAACUGUCAAUCAUGAGUAUUGAGAACUGCCCUCUAAGUCACCUUCCACCUCAGAUUGUUGCUGGGGGUCCAUCUUUCAUCAUUCAGUUUUUGAAGAUGCAAGGCCCAUACCGUGCCAUGGUUUGAUACAGAUCUAAUAUCCCACACACUGUACAAAAUACAAACUGCGUAAUUAUCAUUAUAUAUAUUAUAUAUACUGUAUAUACAUGCACUCACAUACACAUAUAUAGAUUUAUACCUUUGUCUACAUGUGUGUAUAUGUGCGUGUGUGAAGAAUAAAAAGACAAUUUUACUAAGACUGUGUUGUGUUUCAGCUAAUAGAGGAAUCAUAGCCAUUUAGAUUUUUUUAUCCUGUAAAAUUUGCUUGACUAGGUUUUCUUUGCUGAAUUUAUUGGUUGGUUGUCAGAUAAGCAAUGCUAAGAAUGCCAGUUUUUCAUUUAAAAUAUUUUGCCAACAAAGUGUCAUGAUAAUUAAAAUUAAGGGGCAAGGUGAUUGUGUUGAUAAAUGUUAAAAUAUUUUUUUAAGUCAUACAGAAUGUUAUGUGACAAUUUUUUUAUCAAGUUCUGUAUUUUGGGUUGGUCUUAUAAAGUAUUUUCUUUACGAAAGUCAGUAAUCCAACUUCUUUAGUUGGAUUUUUAUUAUUUGGAGAUAUGAAGAACAUAUUGGUGUCUUUGUUUACAGUUAAGGUGUAACUAAUUUGAAUUAUUGCUUUUAGAACUGCUCAUCAAGUUUUAGUCCACCAUAUCUCCAGAUGUUUUCUGCUAAAUAAUUAAGAGCUGGAUUUGCCAGUUGAGAAAUAUAUAUUAUUAUUAUUAUUAUUAUUUUUUGCUUUCUUUUACACACAUUGGUGAUUGGUAAUGUAUACAGAAUGUUAACUGUAGCCAGAGUGCAUGCUUUGACACAGGUAACAUCUUCUGAAAUAUUAUUUUGUCUGCAACAAGCUUUGCAUAUCAAAGUUCAGCCGGUGUGAACUGUGGCCUUUUUUCAGCUUGAGCAGCUAAUUUGUUCUGCUAAAAAGCUGGAACUGUAAUACCAGUUGGAUAAACGUCAUGUUAAGCUACAGUUUUAUUGUUUUUCAGAUGGUUAGGUAAAAAUGCAUUAUGUCCUCCCAUGAUCAUAAUCACCCACAACACUGUAACUGACUUCUUCCCCAAAGCUUUUUAACCAUGGAAAAAAUGUUAGUUACUUUUACCACCUGCAGUUUCUUUUAAUCCUCCUUUUACGGUCAAGUGCAUCUUUAUGCUUAAUUGUUUUUAUAUCUUGGCUUGCCUUGCACAUUUUACAUGAGUAUGAUUCAUAUGUCGAUGCCAAGCACAUCUUUCUACUGUGCUGUAUUGCUGCUGUACUGUGUAUGCACUUUUUCCCAGAGUUGGGAUGUUUUGCUUCUGUAUGUUCAGUAUAAGUUGGUCAUUUACUUUAAACCUCAGAAAUCCCAGUAUUAAAAUGAUAUAUAUAAAAUAGGCACUUUCAGUUUUGAGUUCUACAUUAGUGAAGUUUUACAAGAUUCUUUUUUUUACAGUGGUGCAUACAGUAUACACACAGACUAGCUAGUUAACUACUUUGUAGAUUGAGGAUGCUAAAUGUACCACUCUAAAUGUUCAGAAACUGCAGUUCUACAUAAUAUUUUCAUCCCUUCGCUUUAAAUGAAUUAUCUGACCCUAGUAAAGAAACAUAUCACCAGUUACUUUAAUGCUUUCAUUGUAGUUCAUAUGGUAUUUUAUUUGUCUGAAGUGGCAAAACUGUUAAAAUCACAAAUCACUGCAUUAAAGUCUACUUACAUACCA